AUGGACGGUAUUAGCAAUGCCGCCUCCCUGGUCGCACUCCUUCAACUAGCAGGCGCUGUUAUCAACUACCUGAGCACGGUCAUCGAUGCACCCGCUCAGAAAAGAAAGCUACUUGCUGCGCUUAUUCAGGCUCGAGGCCUGCUCUCCACCCUAGUCGAACUCACGAACGAGGUUCAAGAUGAAGAUUGGUCACAUACUAUUCAAAGCUUAUCCGCCCACAAUGGCCCAUUGCCCACAUUCCAGGAGCUUCUUGAGCACAUGGCCAGGAAGCUAGGCAUAACACAUUCCGGCGCCAGAACCAAAACUGUUCUUGAUCAGCUUCGGUGGCCGUUCGAUCAGACUGGUUUCCAAGAGAUGAUCACUUCGCUUGAAAAGCUAAAGUCGCAUUUCCUUUUAGCUAUGGCGAAUGACCAUAUUCGGCUUUCCAAGGCCAUCCGAAGUGAGCUUCACGAACUUCAGAACCAGUUGACUGAAGCUACUUUUCGUACCCAAAGGCAAACCAUAAUGUCGCUUUCUAAAGAGCAAGAGCUCAUUGUGAAGUCUUUGUCUUUGGGAGGAUUGUUUCACGAGUUGAAUGGAGACGAAGUCAUGGAGAGGAGGGCCGGUGCUGAGUGGUUUCUACGCCAAAAUGCCUUCAAAAAAUGGCAUGGUACGAGUCAUACUCCAAGCACCUUAGUGCUCACAGGCUCUCCGGGAUCAGGCAAAUCAUCAAUUUGCGAAGUGACCCGGUUCUUCCUCAAAGCCUGGCAUCAGUCAGAAAUUGACACUUGCGUCGCAUACUUCGCCUUUAACUUCUCACAGCGAGAGAAGCUCAGCGAGGCUCUGGUGUUGUCCAACAUCGUGCAGCAAAUAUUGUUGGAGCGUCCCUACCUCAUGGAACACAUUGCCGCUCUAAGGGUCACUGGUGGCCCGUUAUCCUCAAUCGAGAGUAUCGAUCUAAUCCGCCGAGCUCGGCGUGACCUCAAAUACUUCUAUGUUAUACUGGAUGGACUGGACGAGUGUGAAGGGACGAGUCGAAACGUUGUCGAAUCUCUUCUACAAAUCAAACCGCCCGUGAAUAUCUUGGCAGCAGGGCGAGGAACAAGUGCAGCCUUCGGGAGCCUGCAAGACAGUGUUAUAGUCCACGCUGACGAUGCCAUGACUUUAUCUGCCCACUUUGACAUGAUCAAGAAAAUGCUUGAGAAGAACGCUCGCCUAACAGCAUAUCUUGAUCACAGUCCUGAAACCGUUACCAAGGCAGCCAAUCUCAUUUUCGAGCAGAGUAAUGGGAGUUGGAUAUCCGCGACUACUAUGAUAGAAUCUCUAGCUCAGUCGGAGACCAGAGCCACUUUUGAACGUUUACUGAACGACGCACCUUUAAAUCUUGUUGAGUUGUACGAGUUAAAGCUCGACGAUGUCGUGCACCAGCCAACGGAAUUAGCGGUGUUGGCCAAGAAGGCUCUGGGGAUAGUGCUUGAUGCUAAUGGUUCUGUUACCGUGAGCAAGUUGAUGGGUGCUUUAACUACGGAAUUAAUCGACGUCGCAUCCGCGCAGCGUCUUGGAAGGGGCCUCACAGAGACGGAGACAACUGAGACCAUUUGUUCGAGUUGCAAAGGAUUUCUAUCUGUUGAUGAGCCUGGCACGCGAUUACACUUUGUCCACCAAAGUGUUAGAGAAUUUUUGGUAGCCCGUGACAUUUCUUAG